GGAGUGUUGCUGGUGCAGGUUUUACUCGCUUUGUGGGACUCUGAGGCGAAUCUCCCGGUUCUGCAGCGGAACCUCUCCGGGUCCAGUGGAGAAGAUGAGUAUAGAGAUCCCCGCCGGGCUGGAGGAGCUGCUGGUCCGCUUCACAGUGGAGGUGCUGCGGAAUCAGCCCAGAGACCUGCUGGACUUCUCUGUGCAGUACUUCCAGCGGCUGAAUCAGAAUCAGAAUCGAGGCGGCGGCUCGUCUGAAUCUCUGCCCUCUCCGGCUGCUGCGCGGCCGGGGGCGGUGGUCAGUUUUACCGAGCCUGACGCUGAGAGGGACGGAGAGGAGGACGAGGAGCUCGUCGGACCGGUGGCCAACAGACUUACCAGAAGAGUUUCAGUAUCUGCAGAAACAUACAAUCCUGAUGAUGAAGAUGAGGAGCUCCGGGAGCCCAGGAUCGUCCACCCCAAAACAGACGAGCAGAGACACCGUCUACAGGAGGCCUGCAAACACAUCCUACUCUUUAAGAACUUGGACACAGAGCAGAUGUCUCAGGUUCUGGAUGCCAUGUUUGAGAGACGUGUGGAAGUGGGGGAGCACAUCAUCGAGCAGGAUGACGACGGGGAUAAUUUUUAUGUCAUUGAGAGGGGGACAUUCAGCAUCUAUAUGAAGGUGGAUGACCUGGAGCGGCUGGUAGGAACUUACAACAACCGCGGCAGUUUCGGCGAGUUGGCCCUGAUGUACAACACGCCGAGAGCCGCAACCAUCAUCGCCACCUCAGCUGGAGCUCUGUGGUGCCUGGACAGAAUGACUUUCCGAAGGAUCAUUGUCCGGAACAACGCCAAGAAGAGGAAGCUGUAUGAGGCCUUUAUUGAGUCCGUUCCGCUGCUCGAAUCCCUACAGUCAGUGGAGAGAAUGAAGGUGGUGGAUGUUCUGGGCUGCCAGACGUACAGUGAUGGUGAGAGGAUCAUAGCGCAGGGCGACAGUGCUGACUGUUUCUACAUUGUUGAAUCAGGGCAAGUGAGAAUAGUGAUGAAUAAGAAGGGGGCUGAGACUGAAAUCGCCGUGUGCUCCAGAGGGCAGUAUUUCGGGGAGUUGGCUCUGAUCACUAAUAAGCCUCGGGCUGCUUCUGCAUACGCCGUGGGAACCGUGAAGUGUUUAGUGAUGGACGUGCAGGCGUUCGAGAGGCUGCUGGGUCCCUGUAAAGACAUCAUGAAGAGAAAUAUCGCCAACUACGAGGAACAGCUGGCCAGGCUGUUUGAACGGGACGCGGACGGACACACAAAAACUGCAGGUCUGCCUCCGAGCACUUAAGAAGUCCUGCGUUAAUUUAAUAUAAAUACUGGAGGUUUUUCAACUUGAAAUUUCAUCGAGGCCUUAAUUAUAACGAGUGUGUAUUUGAUCUGGAAUAAUUGUUUUUUAAUAGUAUUUUGUUUUAUAUUUAUAAUGUUUGAGUUUGAAAGUUAAGUCUAAGAAUUUAAAACUGCCAUUUCUGUAUGAAGACUGUUAUUAUAACUAGGGUUUGUUUUGGUUAUUUCUUUAUGUACAUCCGUUAACAUUUCCUCCCACUCAAUAAUGUUUGUACAGUGCUGAGCCUUUUUUAUUGAAAGAAAUGUGUUCAUAUUCUAGUGGGAAAAGUUUGGACUUGUAACGAACUCAUACAAGCAGAAGAUAAACACCCAGAUUACCUCACGAUGCAGUCGCCUGAUCACACUGAUCAGGCAUAACAUUCUGACCACCUCCUUGUUUCUACGCUCAUUGUCCAUUUUAUCAGCUCCACUUACUAU